AUGGAUUCCUCCAGCGUAGAAUCUGAGCCCAUCGGCCAAGAGGUUGACCCUGCAGGCCUCGACUUUGACGCUGUUGGGCAAGAUUAUUUCUCUAUCAGGCAAAAGUUCGAAUCUUCCUACCAAGAACUGGAUCUGGGCUCCCUUAAUGAAGCGCUCCUAUCCUGCUCUACGCCGGACAGCAUGCCAGAGGCCUUUGCCGGCACAGGCGAAUCCCACGUGACUUCCGAACCAGAGGAUCUGACGGAGGCCCAGCACAAGGCGCUCAAAUCCAAGCUCAUAGAAUUGGAAGCAGAAAUUGUAACCCUACGCCGCAACUUGCUCACAGCCAAAGUGAGCUACUGCAGGGAACUCAAGAGGAAGCUGGGUCUCACUGUCUUGGUGGGGCUGAGGCAGAAUCUGUCCAAGAGCUGGCACGAUGCCCAGGCCUCCAAUGCCUAUGUCAAACAAAAGACGUCAGCUGCCCUGUCUACUGUGGACUCUGCCAUCUGCACGAAGCUCGGAGACAUGAAGAAAUCGGCCACGUUCAGAUCUUUUGAAUGUCUGAUGGGGACAAUUAAGUCCAAAGCCCCCGAUGGCAGAGAACCGGGCAGCCUUCCUUCCCCAGCAGGCAAUAAGAAUGAUCUACGUCCAGUUCCGGAGUGGGAAUGA